AUGAAGAACGAUGCGGAAAAGAAUAAGCUAACGAACAAGUUUAUACAGCAGAUUGCGCUUGCUGUCAAGCUGCGGGAUUCGAAGCUGCCGACCAUCUUGGAGAGUGCAAACAAGAACAAUAUCCCGAAGAAGGCGAUCGAGAACGCCAUUAAGAAGGGUCAGGGCUUGCUGAAUAGCGGCGGGGCCGGGAACAUCAACAUCUACGAGGGCAUGGGCCCUGGCGGCGUGGCCAUGAUCAUCGAGACGCAGACGAACAACAAGAACCGAACGGUGGCGUUGGUGAGGAGCCAAUUCAACAAGGCAAACCUGAGUCUCCUCUCAAUGGGCUCAUCAAUGCACUAUUUCGAUAAAGUGGGCGAGGUGACGUUCUGUGUGAGCAAAGAGGACGGCGAGAGCGACCUGGAGCAGCCGCCCGCCCCUGAAAUAUUGGACGAGGAUGCCGUGUUCGAGCGAAUUCUGGAUAUCGAUGGCAUCACCGAUUUGCAACGGCAACCGCCUGGAGAAGAGGGGGACGACGACGAACUGGCAGUCUACUCCGCACUGACAGAACCAUCACUCACCAACAAGAUCGCACUCGAGAUCCGUGACCGCGGCUUCGAACUGCACAGCACCUCCAUUGAGUACAAGCCUAAGCGGGACACCAGAGUGCCCCUGUCGGACCCAGAAACGCAGCAAGCGUUCAGCAAGUUUGUCCAGGGGCUCGAAGACAUCGAGGACGUGACCAAGGUGUAUACCAACGAGCUCAUCGCCCAGCCCAGCUCGCAAGACCAGGGAUAG